UUUGUUGCUAGCCCAGAACAGAAAGCAUGGUCAAAGUCAGUUACAUUCAGAUAUUAUGGCCAGGGGCUAUCAUCAUACUGUUUAAGGUCUGGUUUCUUUCAGCUGAAAAUUUACGAGCUCUCUACCUGCUUCAAGACAUUGUCUUCUUGGUAGGCCUUAGUCGCAAUAUAAAGGGGAAAAAAAAGAUCCCUAUUUUACAGUACCGUUGGUAUUUUUGAGUCGUCAAGUGUGGACCCUAUGACACCAAAACAAUUGAAAGGGCAAUUACUUUAAAGACGUAUUUUAGACAGUCUAUUUCAUCGUCUGGUGCCUAUAUUUUCCUUUGAUUUUACGAAAUAAGCAAACUGCCUUGUUUGACCGUUUUUGUUGUCAAUCAACACAAAGUUCUCUUUUUGUUUAUUUUUUUUUUAGAUAACCCUAGAAAAAUGUGACGUCUGCUUUGGAAAAAGACAACAUUUUAAUCAAAAACUAAUAAACACCAUUCUUUGGAAAAUGUCUGUGCGCAGAUUUUUUGUUCGCAAUAACAUGACCAAAUAAGAAAAUGGUAAAACGAAGAAGUCAGACGACUUUAUUUUCUAGUAAAAAGUACAGCGAUUAUAGCGAGGAGAUUGUACAAACUACAAGGCAGUCACGAGUUACAGAGAAGGAUAGAUCCGAAUAUGCCAUGACGCAAUGGAGCACACUAUUCUUUGGUUGGAGCAGAACCAACCAGUGAUGUAACUUUGGCUCACACAUAACGCCGCCGACCGUUGCUACCCUCAAGGCGGCUAUACACGCUCUCUCCUUCUCUCUAUUUCUCUCUCUCUCUCUCUCUCUCUCUCUCUCUCUUUCAUUUCUAUUCUUUCUUCUCUCUCUCUUUCUCUCUCCCGUCCCUUCUUUAGUGCAGAGUUACACCAUCAAUGUUAUCUGUAAUCCUUGUCUGGGCGACUCAGCGCUGCAAGGCUCUAAACUUGUUACAAAAGGACACGAAAACAAAAAUCACUACCCAAUAUCAAAAGUGUUCGCUCGGAGGCUUUUUUUUUCCUCUUUCUUCUGUGUGCCUAAAAAUUUGGACAGAAUCCUACGUUUUUUAUUUAUUUUUAUUUUAUUUGUUGUGUUCCACCUGAGUAGGCUUAUGAUAUCAAGGUUUCGGUGUACUCCUUGACUCCACAUUUAAAGUUAAAAAAAAAAGGUGUUUUUAAAUAUUUUUCUUUUCAUACAUUCGCAUCAAACGACCGGCGCCGUGAAAACCAAACGCGGGUACAAAGAAAUGGAAAGAAAAGACGGACGUGUAUAAAAACGAUUCGGAUAGCAACUGCAAGUCUGGAACACCGUCAGACCGCAUUUCUAACCAGCUGUUCCAUAUAUGAAGUUUUAUCCAGCAACGUAACCAGUCUUCUGCAGGACCAAUCGUUUUCCUCACUCAGCAGAGGGAGCCGCUAACCAAAAUAUAGUCAAAUUCUGCCUAAAGCUUUAGUCUCCAUAUCUAAAUGAGAUUUGGCAACCUCAUAUAUUGUUCGACUGCUACCAACAGUGUACCAACUUUUUCGGGUUUGCGAGAGAGACAUUAAAAAAAAAGCCUCUAAUGUGGACAUGGUUUAGUGUAAACUAAAAAACCUUGGAAACGUCAUCGGCUCCGGACGACUUCCAAAAAGGAGGGGGUUGGGGGGGGGACUCGAAUUUCAGUUCAAAGACCUUGAGGUAGGUUGCAAGAUAUGCGCCACAUCGUCUUCUUCUUCAGCCAACAGCCGGAGGCUUAUAUACUCUUUCAACCCUCUUAGCCGCUCCUCCUCCUCCUCCUCCUCCUCCCCGUCUUUCCUGGCUGCUCUAACUCGGACCUCUUUUGCAAGUCAUUUGGGUCCGUCCACUCUCUUUUAGCCCGGACACAACAGCGGAACGUGCUCAUAGUGUCUGUGAAAUUCGUGUGAGACUCGAGCACAUGAGUUUUGGUGUGAUAAGUACUUGGUGUGGUACGUGAUGGCCGAUCCGGCGCAGCAGUCUCAGCCACUUCCACCGACGGCACCGAAAACCCGUCUCGGAUUGUCUCUUUCUGAACGGAUUAAAGUAAUCGAAGCGCGACAGAUGGGCAAAUCCAUGCGGCAGUUAGCUGCCCAGUUUGGCUGCGGAAAAACGCAAAUUCUCAAUACACUUGCUCAAAAGGAAAGAUACAUUCGCGAAUGGGAAGUGAUGGGCCGAAAUAAUCCCUCGAUCGGCGCACGAAAACGGUUUCGACAUACACGAAACGAACAGAUUAAUCGCUCUGUUCACGAAUGGUAUCAACAGCAGGCAGCAAAUGGUCUCCGAAUUACAGGCCCCAUGCUGCAAAAACAAGCCAGACACUACGCAGCACAUUUAGGAAUUAUCAAUUUUGCAGCUAGCAACGGAUGGUUAGCUAAUUUUAGAAGAUUCUACAAUAUCAUCAGUUGCUCUCCGCAUCCACGGAAGCGGAAACUGGCUGCCGUUCUCCAGCCGGAAAGCAACGAAGAAGAUGCUGACCCACAAGCAAGCACUUCAAAGUGUCACCUUGAUGCAGAAUUCGUGCAAGUUGGAUGUGACGAAGUUCUUAAAAGAUCUCCACAGUUGCCGUCUGAAAUUGUGACCGAAAAGGACCCAUUAUUAGAAGAGAACCAAUCAGAUAUAAUUUCGAUGAGACGCAUCAAAUCAGAACCUGCAUCUGAAGAUGAAGAACAACUUAACAAUUUUCCAGCUAGAGAUAAAUAUCUAGAAGGGCCAUUAGGAUGUUCCAGUCGGCCACAAAAUUUAGUCAUGGAUGAAAAUAGUUCGUUAAGAAAUUCUGAGGAGCUUCCCCAAAUUUCAACUUGCAAACCAAAGGUCACUUCAUCCACAUCCACCGUAAAUCAUCGAAAACGCCGUCUUCUUCAUCGAGAACAUACAGAAAGAGCACCAUCUCCCCGAGAUAUAGGACAUAGUAGAAUUGUUGAAACCAAUCAAGCCUGCGGCGUGGUGGAAGAAAGAAGGCUACCGAGACUUGAUCCAAUAUCUCCAUUAAAAGUUUAUUCAGCCGAACUACAGAACCUUGCCCGGGCCAAGGGCUUGCUUACUGUUUCAAUGAAAGACGAAGGCGGCAGCGAAUGGGUAGAGAUUCGGCAGUCUGUCGCCUUUUAUCGAGUUCCCAACCACGGUUAUCCAACACACUUGUCACGGAUCGUUGUUGACUCUAGUCUCCAAUAUUACCUCGAAGUGCUGGGCCAUUGUGUCCAAAAAGGAUCUCUUAUCUUUAAGGACGCCAGCUAUAGUUUUAAUUACAAUGAAGCCGCUUCGAUUCUGGAUGAUCUAAGCGGUGGUUACACUGUUUGUGAUGGCAUCGAACUUUUGUCAGACAGAGUUACUGAUCUGCACAUGAAGAAUGUUCAAGAACUCGGGCAUUCGGAGAACAUGUAUGCAACACUACCUGAUCAACGAUUUCGAUCGACCGAUUGUAGCAUAUGGAUUGAUAGUCGCAUCGGUCUGAAAUGUUUAGCGUGCAAACUAGCAAGCAGUAAUUUUAUUGCCAAUUCGCCAAUGGAUCUACGUUGCCCAUCAGUUUUCAAUUCGUGAUCCAUUACUAGUGUUGGAAGUGGAAUUUUUAAAAAUUAUAGUUAUUGAAUAAUUAACUGUGAUGGCUGCUUGUGUAAUAGAUUAAUGUCAGAUUUGUGUUCUUUUUUAUAAACCUGACAGUGAUUUGCCGUUAGAAAAAAAUUCAGCUGAUUGUUGUUUACUUGAUAAUUGAUAAAGAAGGCAUCAAGGGUCUUGUAACUCUCAGAAAUCUACCAUGAUUCUAGAUCUGCAUUAAAUAAAAAUUCUUUUUUGCUUCUUUCAAAA